AUGACCUCGGUUACCUGUACUUGCCCGCUGGCAGACUAUCAGAUGAUGGUCGCCGACAAUGGAAAGCCUAUUUGCACAAUGACUAACAUAGCCAAAGGACUUGGACAUAGUAUCCGAGGCCAGAAGGAUGAUUCAAGGUUUGCUGAAACUGUCAAAGCAUAUCCCUCGCGCUUCACAUCGAGCGCUGGUAUCUCUGGGUACCAACUGCUAAACUGGAGCAAUCGUUUUCACCGGCAGGGACUCGUCGAAAUGACACAUGAGUUUCUCUGUACGAGUGGAAAUGGUCCGCUUUUUUGGCCUGAUGAGAAUGAGAAUGAGUAUGAAGAUUCGUUGAGAUAUCCGGAACAUAGAAACGAAACAUUUGAAGAAAUGGUACGGUUGUUCUUCAAGAUCAAUGACAACCAGAGAGCCAAGCAAAAACGCCUUUCGCGCUCGCGAAGGGCCUCGCAAGUUCAUGGACAAAUCCUUAAUGCAGAUUCGAUGGACGGGCGGCUUCCAAUUAGAGACGUGCUAGCUGAAGAGCCAAUGCCACGUCCAACAAAGAGCCCAGAUGAUCUUAAUGUAGAUUCCCCGAGUCAAAGAAGACCAACAAACAACCCUCGGCGUAGAGUCAAGCGACGGCGAGAUCACCGGGGCAGUUGGCUGUUUGAUGCGUAUUCCGACCGCGGUCAUGACAGGACCUCUGCAGGUCCAUCUCACCGCAGGGAACAAGCGCCCACUGAUGAGCUCACCGAGAGGCCUAGAGACGCUGAGAAUGCUACCAUGACUGAUCCGCUGACUCAGUCAAACGUAGAGAUGGAAAACACAACUCACAAUAGAGCAGCCGAUGGACCCCUGCAGCCGAUGAACAUUGGCAGAGCAUCAGAGGGCCAAGCGGGAGCAGAUCAUGACAACAGAGCCCUUUGGCCAUCAUCAGGACAAUCGCGAGAAGUGCCACAGAGUCGCCAAGCACUAAUGCGAGGUCCCUCCGAGCCACCUGCUCAGCCAGUUGAAGAACGAGCGUCGCCCACGCCAGAGCCCAAGACCAGUCCCAUCCUGGCACCUACGACACCUGCAGUUAUCCACGGCGUCCACAUCAUUAUCAGCGUUCAGACCUUCCCGUGGCUGAACCAGAUAUGGUAUCCCAGGAGGGACUUUUUCCAGUAUACGCUGAAGACCUUGUUUGAAGACCUGCCCUGGCAGGAGCCGUUCUACAAGGUGAUUAUGCUAUUGGAGUUCCCGGGUGGCGUGAUUAUCGAAGAUGUGCAAAGAGAUGAUGAAAUGGGAUUUAGGAUCGUCUUGGCGAGAUUUGAGCAAAAGAUCGAGACGUUAAGAAUGUGCUAUGCCGCCCCAGAUAAAGACGUCGUUCUAGAGGUUUCAUUAGAGCCGGUAGGCCGUUACCAAGAACCCAGCGAACGAGUACGGGCUCUGCUAGGGAGGCACAUACGAUAG